CAAGGGACUGCAAACACAAAGCACAAGGCUCUACAAAAUCAGUACAAGCACAAAAGGCAGUCAUCCUAGAACACUGGGGGGGGGGGUCUAUCAAGAAGCAAAAUGGAAAACACCCAAACAAGCACUUCCAAGAGAUAACCUAAGAAAUCCUCCCAGCCCAAAUUUAUCCAAUCGCUUUUUCACAGCCUAAGGCACGCAUUCCAAGCAGCACACACAACUGUGAAUUUUAUAGGACAGAAACUUCAGUACAAGAUGAGGCCAGAUAAUUUGUGGUCAAUCAAAAACUUGCACCCCAAACAAAGAUCUGAGGAUUAUGGCUUAAUGGGAGAUAGCCAUGGAGCCAAGACACCAGUUUUCAGGUACAGGUCAUCAACCUCAACCCCUAAGCAAAAGGACAAGUUUCAGGGAGCAAGUGAGUGCUGUAGACAACCUCAAAAUCCCAAACAAGCAAGCUCUCUCCUACCCAGACCCUUGCAAUUGCAGAAGAUCUUGGCUUGUGGAAGAGAUGUCUUUAACCAAGCUACUUCAGUCCUAGAACCUUUGAAGAGAGUUCAAAAUGUCUUCAGUAUGGCAACAAAAAGCUGUAGUGAUGAAAUAUCCAGUCUAGAGUCCAAGAACUGUUCUAAAGUAGGAGCCAAAUUUCAGGCCCAAGAGAGGAUUGUAUCUAACCCUCUCUUGAAGGGAAUCCUGCAGAGUCACUUGGGAAAGAAACCCAUUAACAAGGAAGAACAACAAGGCUUCUUCAUGGAGAGAACCCUAUGUAAUAAGCCACCUGAAAGGAUCCAUUGCAGGCUUCCUCAGAGAAUUCACUGGCAAAGUCCUUAUGAGAGGAAGCAACACAGUCCUUCUUGGAGAAGGCAUAGUAGUCCCGCUGACAGAACCCUUAGAAGUCUUUCUGAGAGGUGUCAUCACAGUCCCUCCCAGAGAAAGAGUCUUAGCUCCUCUCUAAGAACCUACCACAGUCUCUCUGACAGACUUCAUAACAGUCCCUCAAGGAGGAGCCCUCACAGUCCCUCAUGGAGGACCCCAUGCAGUCCCUCAAGGAGGAGCCCUCACAGUCCCUCAAGGAGGACCCCACUCAGUCCCUCAAGGAGAACUCCUCGAAGUUCCUCAAGGAGAAGUCAUCACAUUCCCUCAAGGAGGCACACUCAAAAUCCCUCUGGAAGUAGCCAUCACAGUGGCUCAAGGAGUAGCCAUCCAAGUCCCUCAAGGAGGAGCCCUCACAGUCACUCGAGGAGGACCCCACGCAGUCCCUCAAGGAGGAGCCCUCACAGUCCCUCAAGUAGGGCCCCACUCAGUCCCUCAAGGAAGCACCCUCAAAAUCCCCCUGGAAGUAGCCAUCACAGUCGCUCAGGGAGUAGCUGUCCAAGUACUGCAGGGAGAAGUCACUCCAGGAGGUGCCCUUGCAGCCCUCAGGGAGGAUGCUGGCAUCAGGACCCCUGAAACCUCUAACAUCACAUAGGCACAACCCCCACACCUGUUGCCAAAGUAACAGCCACCAUAUUCCCAGAAUCCACUUGGAUCAUGUCCCACCUUUUGCUAUGACUAUGUCACCAUCCAUAUAUAAAAGCCCCCUUGAUCUCUCUUUCUCUCCCUCCCCUCCUCUUUCUGCCACCACCUUGCCCCUCUUUCUCUCAAUAAACCUCACGUGGAACUGUUUGGCCUGGUGUGGUCCUUCUGAAGCCUGGCCAAGAUCACAACAUUUUCAGUCAUGGUGUUUCAGAACCAAUGGUGUUUCUAGAUAUCCUGAUAGCUAAAGAAGGUGGUCUUUGCCUGU